CACGAGAGGGAGAGAGAGAGAGAGAGAGGCAACGUGUGAGCUAGCUUACUUUUAUCUCUAAUUCCUCUCACUCUCUCUCUCUAAUUAGAGCGAGCCAUGGCGGCCGAGGAACUCAAGAACAAAGCCAACGACUAUUUCAAAAAGCAGCAGUACGAUCGCGCAAUUGCUCUGUACACGGAAGCCAUCGAGAUUGACCCAACCAAUGCCAUCCUGUACGGAAAUAGGAGCUUUGCACACCUACGGACAGAAUCCUUUGGUUACGCCCUGCAGGAUGCGUCGAGGGCCCUAGAGAUCGAUAAGGGCUACAUUAGCUACUACAGGCGGGCCUCUGCCUACAUGUCCCUUGGGAAGUUUAAAUUGGCCCUCAAAGAUUAUGAGACGGUCACCAAGACGCGCCCCUCGGACAAGGAUGCUCGGCUCAAGUAUCAGGAGUGCCAGAAAUUGGUGAAAAUAAUGCUUUUCCAGAAGGCUAUUGCUGUGGAAGAGGACGCCAGAAGUGUAGCGGACUCAAUUGAUUUGGAUGCCAUGGUGAUAGAGGACGACUACUGUGGCCCGAGACUGGAGGACGGCAAGGUUACACAAAAGUUUAUGGAUGACCUCAUUGACCACUUUGCCAACCAGAAGAAGCUCCAUCGAAGAUAUGCCUAUAAGAUGCUGCUGGACAUGAAAGAAUACCUCAAGACAUUGCCCUCUCUGGUUGACAUCUCUGUGGCUGCGGACGAGAGCUUCACUGUCUGCGGCGAUAUUCACGGACUUUUUGACCUUCUUAAUGUCUUCAAGCUGAACGGUCGCCCCUCGGAGAGUAACCGCUACCUGUUCAACGGAGAUUUUGUUGACCGAGAGUUUUCUGUAGAAGUCAUAUUUGUUCUGUUUGGUUACUCCCUCCUGCACCCCGGACGAUUUUUUAUGUCGCGAGGCAACCACGAGAGCCUCACGAUGAACCAAAUGUACGGUUUCCAAGGUGAAGUGAAGGCAAAGUACACAGCGCAGAUGGUCGAAGUUUUCACAGAGGUGUUCAAUUUUCUCCCUCUGUGUCACUGCAUCAACAACAAAGUACUGGUGAUGCACGGCGGCCUCUUCAGUUCAGACAGUGUGACUUUAGAUGAUCUUCGGAAAAUUGACCGCAACAGACAGCCUCCAGAUGAAGGCCUGAUGUGCGAGCUUCUAUGGAGUGACCCGAUGGCAGGACAAGGCAGGGCUCCCAGCAAGAGGGGAGUCGGAAUCCAAUUUGGGGCAGACGUGACCCGGAGAUUCCUGGAUUUAAAUGGCUUGGAUUACAUUAUAAGGUCUCACGAGGUCAAGGCGGACGGCUAUGAGGUCACCCACGGGGGGGGGUGCCUUACUGUCUUCUCCGCCCCUAACUACUGUGACACAAUGGGGAACAAAGGCGCCUUUAUCAACAUGAAUGGAAAGGAUCUCAAGCCACACUUUACUACUUAUGAGGCUGUGCCCCACCCCCCCGUGAAGCCAAUGGCCUACGCCCACUCCAUUUUUAGUCUCUUUAGUUGAGUGAGCUAUCUCUAAUCUCACCUAUCUCUAAUAUGAGCUAUCUUUAAUAUGUUUGUGCUAUUAUUCUCUCUCUCUCUCUCUCUCUCUCUCUCUCUCUCUCUCUCUCUCUCUCUCUCUCUCUCUCUCUCUCUCUCUCUCUCUCUCUCUCUCUCUCUCUCUCUCUCUCUCUCUCUCUCUCUCUCUCUCUCUCUCGUGUGUGUUAAGUUUACUAUUAUAAGUAAUAUUUCACUAUUAUAAGUAAAUUUAAGUAGUAGUAGUAGUAUAGUAGUAGUAGUAGUAGUAGUAGUAGUAGUAGUAGUAGUAGUAGUAGUAGUAGUAGUAGUAGUAGUAGUAGUAGUAGUAGUAGUAGUAGUAGUAGUAGUAGUA